AUGGAAGAGUCACACUUUGAUGAGGAUAAAAUGAUCAAUGACUAUGUCGAGGAUUAUGAUGAACCUCCCCCAGAUGACUAUGAUGCGAUGAUGCUUGAGGAGUUCGAUGCCACAUCUCCGGCCAGCAAUUCUAGUCCAACAAACAGAGCUACUCAAGUAAAUGAAACGCCAGAUGAUGCUUUGCGAGACCAAAUGAUAACAACUGGAAUCGCUGACUACAGGCAAUACGAACCCCAAGAUGAUGUUGAGAGCAUCCAAGAGGCACAAAAUCAACAGAGGAACGCAGAUGCAGUUUUCAGUUUUGAAAGGUACAAGAAAGGCGAAUGGAGGAGAGAAUUACUGCAGUCGAAGAACAGUGCCAACCGAACUAGGAGUCCAACCUCGGUCAUUCAGUCCGCUGUACAAUUGAAAAAGAUGGGCAAGGCGACAGCGUCGGAUGCAGCUCUACUUGACAUUCUGAACACGGUCGGGGCUUCGUCAUCCCCAAUGAAACUGUCACGAUCGGGAAGUAUUACUAGUGUUUUAAUGAAUCCCAAAGAAGGAGAGAGAGCCUAUCCCAUUACGAUUGCAGAUGGCACCAGAGUUUUCGUUCGAGAGAGAAAUGGAGAAGAAUCAAGAGCACAAUAUUCUCACAAUCAGCAACGUUCUGUAUUGACCUCCACGAGCUUUCUUGGGGUUUCAAUUAACGAGCUUAAGAGACGAGCAGAUAUUAUUCGUCUCAAGAAAGGAUUCUCCCAAAACAGACUACGGAAUCGUAAUGGAGUUAUCGGCGAUGGAAGACUCUGGGUUGACAAGCACGCUCCUUCGGCAUUUCCACACUUGCUAUCCGACGAACGAACGAAUCGAGAAGUAUUGAGGGCUCUAAGAGCUUGGGAUCCAUAUGUGUUUGGAAGAGAUCCACCGUCGAGACCAUCUAGCCACACACAGUAUCAACGGGCGCAUCAACAGGAAGAGAAUAAAGAAAAGCUAAAGAACCCGAACGACAAACGUCCAGAUGAGAGCAGUCGAGUAAUUCUGCUCUCAGGUCCACCAGGUGUCGGGAAAACAACACUAGCGCACAUUAUCGCUCAUCAUGCAGGAUAUCGCCCACUGGAAGUAAAUGCUUCUGAUGAGCGGUCUUCGGGUGUUUUAACAGAUCAUGUUCGCCGUGCAAUGGAAUCGAAAACCAUUGAGAUCAAUAGCGAUCGUCAGGACUAUGGCAAACCGAAUUGCUUGAUAUUGGAUGAAAUCGAUGGUGCUGAUGCAAGAGGGGCAAUUCAAGCACUUGUUGAGAUCAUUCGAGCUGAGAUUCCGCCGAAGGGGUCCAAAGGAAGAAAGCCGCCACAUCUUCGUCGCCCUAUUAUUUUCAUUUGCAACAACAAGUACAGUCCUGUGCUGCGCCCUUUGUUACCAUACUCAAGACAGUUCAACGUUGAGGCCCCAUCAGCAAACCGUCUUGUUGGGCGUUUGAAAGCAGUAUUAGGAAGGGAAAAGAUAUCUAUGAUGUCAGGAGCGCCACUACUUCAUCAACUCGUGAUGUCCAGCGGAGGUGAUAUCCGAUCCUGUUUGUUUACUCUCCAAUACGCUUCAACGCAAGCAGGAGACGGAGGCGACAUUUCGAGCCCCCUGCAGUCUGCCCUCGGAGGCGCUGGUUUAAAGGACAAUCGUGCAGAUAUGGUUACUACACUAAAUGGUAUUUUCCGCAAAGUGAAGACCAAGGCAGCUGGUCGAUUGGUCGAAAAUUCGGACAAAUUCAGUGUGAGGAGAGUCUUAGAUGCCGUCGAGGGACUUGGAGAAAAUUCAAACACGAUGAACGCAUUGUUUAUGAACAUUCCCCGUGUGUCGUAUAUUGACCCUACUUUCGAUCGAUGUUCUACGGCUCAUGAAUUGAUCUCAGCUGCAGAUAUCGGGAAUGGGGCAGCGAGCUUUUCGCGUCAUGAUAAUGUUGUUGCAGCUUCGAUUCAUCUCCUUUGCCGUGUUGAGUUGAAACCAGAUCUAACGUACUCAGCUCGAGACUUUGUGGAUGCGCAUUAUCAAAGAGAAACAAAUGUUGGGAUGGUCCAAAAGUUGAUCGAGGGCUUGCCUGCCAAAUCAGGUAGCAUGAAGUGUCUCAGCUACAUGGCGCAGGAGUUUAUCCCAUAUGCUAUGUGGAUGCUGUCUGCAGGAAGGGACAAGUCAUCAUUAAGUCGUGCAGCUUCUUCGAUCGAUAUGUUGACGAAGACAGAGCGUGUUUCCCUUGAUUCGCAUGUUGCUCUCCUACAAUCCCUUGGGUUGACCUAUUCCUGUGAUAAUGAAGAACCGGUGAUGAAGAAAGACUUCACAACGAACUUCCAGCAACAUCAGCAGCAUAAGCAGAUGGUGCUCGAGCCACCAAUUGACCGUUUGGUUAUCUUCAAGGAGCUACGAGUCUCCAACUAUUUCAGACGAGUUGAAAUCCCAUCGGGAAUGAAAGAAAUCAUUGCACAUCAGGUGAAGCUAGAGAGCUUUCGACACAUGGAACUACCAACCAAAGCAGGUACUGUAAACCCAACAGGGGAGAGUGACAAAUCGGCGCAAAGCCAAGACAUGGAGAAAAAGGAAAAGAAAGACGUUCCCGUUAUCAAAGUUAACAUUCGGAAGCUAGAUGAUCUUGCCGCUUCGGCGCCAGUACCAAAGCGCACAAAGACAUCUCCCACUCCAACCAAUACGAAAAACUUUCUGGGUGUUGGAGCAAAACGGGCUCGACAGAUGAAAUCAGCUCGAAAAGCCGCUGCAGUUGGCUUGGGGUCGAAAAAAAACAAGAUGGCCCAUACGGGAAGUGGAUUGCAGCUCAAUCAGGUCAUCCGUUUGCGAUAUGUGAAAGGUUUUACUCAAGCAGUGCGCACACCUUGUCGUCGAGAAGACAUAUUGUAA